UAAUGCUCCGUUUCUGUGCGGGAUGGCCAACACGGUGGCUCUGAACCUGGGUGCUGGAGAUCAGCGGGUGGUCUUUGCUCCUCGACCCCGCAACGCCCCACACAAACUCCGCAGAGCCUCAGGACAUUCACCCCCCAUAGCCGGCGGCUUCCGCCCACAGAGAGCCUGCUCAGCCAGUCCGGGUCCUGGGGAGAAGUGGCCACUGGGGGCCCUGGAGGGCCGGGUCCAGGGCCAGGGGCCACGGCAGAUCACACCCCGCAUCGAGCAGGUGUGCGGGCGGACCGGCGAGGAGGCGGACUCCAGGCGGUUCCUCCGGCCGUACGGUGGCCACGCCCCCCCGGCCGGCCCCACCCCCCGCCGCACGGCCAGCAGGUGGGCUCCAGGACACAGGUCCAUGCCCCUGGGGGAGAUUCAGAGGCUUCUGAAGAACCAGGUGGCGGGGAGGUCUCUCGCCCCCGUGUUCCGUUCGUUCGACCCCCGCGGAGAGGGGCGGGUCCGGAGGCGGGACUUCCGGCGCGUGUUGUCGGAGUGCUGCUGCUUCCUGCUGACGGACCGGGAGUUUGAGAGGCUGUGGGACCACUACAGUCCUGACAGCGCAGACGACAUGGCCUACACAGACUUCCUCCGCAAGUUGGAGGACAGCUCCCCCCAGAACCUGGCCCUCGGACCGGUCUGCACCAGGAUGGACCCCCCAGACCCGACCCGGGGUCUGACAAACACCCAGCGCCAGACCCUCUUCCACCGAGAGUGCGUGGAAUAG